UAAUAAAAUAUUUCGAAUAAAUUUCGGGUUUUCUAUAAGUUUGAGACUGAAAAAUGAAGUGGUCUACGGCUAAUUUAAAAAGUCCCAACUAUUCAGAAAAUCAUGAGUUAUACGUUGGCACCAGUACCGGCACAUUCAAAAGGUUUGUUCCUGCGUUUGAAGAUAAUCCUUUCGCUCAACGUAAUUUAUACGAUAUAAAUCAGCUUGAAAAAGAAGAUCGGGUCACAGCGUUAUCUUUUGGGAAUGAUACCUCAGAGAUUUUUAUCGGGCGGGCUAAAAAAAGUGUCCACUUGCAUUCUCUCCGUAGUGACACAGUAGAACGCACGAUAGAACUUAAAUUUGCGCCCGUGGUCGGUUUUGCUCGUUUUGACGAUUACUUAGCAGCCGGAUUUUCUAAUGGUCAAGUGCAACGCGUAGCUAUUGAUAGUAGUGCUGCUUCGGAGCUUAUCGUUAGUAGUGGUGAUGACAUGGCACAUAUGCGGCAAUGCCCUACCAGUCGAAAUCUGGUAGCUACAGGAGGUAAAGGACGACAAAACAAUUUAAAAGUUUUCGAUAUGGCAGCCGAUGGAAAACAAAUAUUCACUUCGAAAAAUUUGCCAAAUGACUAUCUUCAGUUGGAGGUGCCUGUGUGGGACAGUGACGUUGGAUUUAUAGAUUCACCACACACAUUGGCUACUUGUUCUCGCUAUGGUUAUGUGCGUUUGUAUGACACACGUAAACAACGUCGGCCAGUGCAGUGUUUUGCUACCGAAGAUCAGAUGAGUUUUGCAACCUUAGUCGCACAUGGAAAUUACAUAUACACGGGAACUACUAUGGGCGCUAUGAAGGCAUUUGACAUAAGACGCAUGAAGACAUUCGUACAUACUUACAAAGGAUUUACUGGUGCCAUCAGUGACGUCUCCUUAGACUCUACGGGUAAAUACCUGGCUUCGGCAUCGCUGGAUCGUUAUGUGCGUGUGCACCACGUCGAUUCAACCGUACUGCUGUAUCAAUGCUAUGUGAAAUCAAAAGCUACGCGAGUUUUAAUACGAGAGUCGGCCGAAAAUCCCAACAGUAGCAUAACUGAACCAACAGAAGAAGAUCCGGAUGAAAAUGAAAGCUCGACAAAAACGAAGAAAAGCGUGAAACAUACUGUGCCAGAGGAUAAGGAAUACGAGGAUAUGUUUGAAAAUAUGCAAACUAUUUGUGACGAAGAUGAACCCAGUGAAGUUGAGGAGGAAGAAGUAAAAACUCAAAAAGUCGGGAUCAAACGAAAAGCGGGUAAAAACUCGAAUAAAAACAAAAAGAAGAAACAGUAAAUAGUCGGAAUUAACUUUACAUAGGCUUAAAUAUGUAUAAAUAAUGUAAGAUUAGAGCAACGUUAUGAUAAUUACAAAAUAAAAUUUGUUAUUUUUAAUAUCCAAAAUA